CCCGCCCCGCUCAGGUAUCCGGUGAAACUGAGCGGCAGCGCGGGCGGAGCAGCGGCGGGCCGGAGCGCGGUGAGAGGAUGGCUGCGCGCCGUGGGUUGUGUCUGCUGCUGCUGCUGCUGCUGCUCUGUACGCUGCUGGGAGCCGCUGCCGCCGCUGCAGAAAAUAAUGGAUCCAUGAAGUUUCGUUUUAAAGGAAGAACUUUUAUUGGCCAUAAAGUUCCAAAUGCAAAUAGUUCUGAAGAGUUAUACAAGGUGGACGAAUUUACAGCAAAAGUCCUCACAGGAAGGCUAACUACAAUUUUUCUUCCCAUUGUCUAURUCUUUGUCUUUAUAAUUGGUUUGCCAAGCAAUGCCAUGGCCCUCUGGGUCUUUUUUUUCCGAACAAAGAAGAAACAUCCGGCUGUGAUUUAUAUGGUAAACUUGGCAUUGGCAGACCUUCUUUUUGUUGUCUGGUUCCCACUGAAGAUUUCAUACCAUCUAAAUGGCAAUAACUGGCUAUUUGGUGAAGGUCUCUGCAAAGUAUUUGUUGGAUUUUUCUAUGGAAAUAUGUACUGUUCCAUUCUCUUUAUGACAUGUCUCAGUAUACAACGAUACUGGGUUGUGGUGAACCCCAUAAUGCAUUCAAAAAAGAAAUCAGAAAUUGCUUUGGGCAUCUCCAUUGCUAUCUGGAYACUGAUUUUGCUGGGCACCAUUCCAUUGUAUCUUGUUAAACAGACAGCACAUAUUUCAAAUCUUAACAUCACCACAUGCCAUGAUGUGUUGCCUGAAAAUGUUUCAGCUCAUGAUAUGUUCACUUACUUCCUCUCACUUGCAACUGCACUCUUCUUAAUCCCAGCCAUCAUCACUGGUGUCACAUACAUACUAAUGAUUAAGACUCUGAGGGCUUCUAUCGUAGAUGUAAGCACUGGAAAGAAACGAAAAAGAGCAAUCAAACUCAUUGUUGUUGUCCUGUCCAUGUAUCUCAUCUGUUUUACACCUAGUAAUGUACUGAUUAUUGUGCACUAUUCRCUACUCAAAGCCUAUAGCUAUAGUCAUCUGUAUGUGUGGUACAUAACUGCCCUGUGUCUUUCCACUUUGAAUAGUUGUAUUGAUCCAUUCAUCUAUUACUAUAUUUCAAAAGACUUCAGAGACAACCUUAAAUAUGCUCUUCUUUGCCAAAGUGUKCGGACUACACAGAGGAUGCAAGUGUCUCUCUCAUCAGGCAAGUAUCCCAAGAAGUCAAGUUCAUAUUCUUCAAACUCAAGUAGGACCAACAAAUCCACCUACUGAGUUUAAUCGUAGUAAAGUUAAGUUUUAUUAUUACUGAUAAAAGGAUGUGAGUGACAAUAGACUUACUUUGYAUAAGAGAGUCUGAAGAAACAUCUCUGCAUUUUAAUUACAUUGAAGCCUGGAAUUUGGAAGUCACAGCUACUUAUUCUGUGUGGAAAUCAUAAACAGAUAAAUCUUCCUGCAAGACGGGGGCAAAAAAAAGACAUUUCAGUUACUGGGCAAAAAUGCUGCUGAUGUAGAAGUGUGUGUGGCUGAAGACAUUCUUGUUGAAUAUAAAAGUUGCUAAAAAGCAAAAUGUAUCUGGAACAUUAUGCAGUAUUGUUAGUAUAUUGAAUUAACAGAUAAAUCUGUUUUGUUUAACUGCAGCUGUAAUGUAUUAAGCUUCUGAACAGUARUAUGUAUAGGAUCUUGUUCUGUGUACCUGCUAACAUCAUGAAGCUGUUGAGAGGAGAAUCCAUAUCACCAUCUUGGAUUAGRCUGCAUAUUAUCUUCAGUAUAACACCAUUUUUGUAUUGUUUUCCAGGUUAUUGUGCUGUAAAUAUGAACAUGGCAACAGCUUAUAAUGUUACCCUAUWUGAGUUGACAAGAUGAUCUUGUUAUCAGCUACUACUGGGAUAAAAUGUUAGUUGAGAUUAUCCACUGUUACUUAAUACUUGCCAGUCCAUGUGCUUAUAUGGGGAUAUACAACAUAGCUUUGAUGUAUAGCUAUUUGAUUUUAUAUUAUGUGCCUUGUAUUUUUUAAGAACACCUAAAUAAGAAAUUUUUUUAUAACA